AUGGCAAGAAUCGGAGUAAAAUUACGGAACCGUCGGUCACCAACGUUUCGGCACGUCACGAUUUUUCCAUCAAAGAAACCAUGGAAUUUCAGUAUGACCCAUCCAAAAUUCCUGAUACACAGCAAGAUUC